AUGAGAAUUACAGUAUAUAAUGUUACAUUGGAUCAAAUGAUUAAUGGUAUUGAUUUGAGAUUUAGUCAGGAAACAUUAAAUAUGAUAAAAAGCAUUGCCAAUGUACUAGAAUUAAAUGUUGACGACAACGAUAUCACCAUUUUAACCAAAACCUUUCAUUUGGAAGCUGAAAUGUUAAAAAGUGAAAUAAGUCUACUUCAACAUACAGAUAAUGUACCCAAAAGUACUAUAAAAAAUUGUGAUACGUGGAUAAAAUGGUUAACAGAGUUUAAUAGUGGAAGGGAAACUAUAUUCAAUAAUAUAUUUAAAAUGUUAAAAAUAUUUAUUACUAUUCCUGUAACUAGUUGUUCUUGUGAAAGGGCGUUCUCAAAAUUAAGCUUAAUAAAAACCAAAUUACGUAGUACAAUGCAUCAGGAUCGACUAGAUGGACUUCUCACCAUAAGAAUGGUACUCUGA